CCGGACGCAGUACACCGGUCAGUACCAUCGGUCAUCGGCGUUGUGGUAGGUUCGUCAGCCCCGUAGAGGUGUUGCGUUAUCGCGUAGUAUCAGAGUGUGUUCUUGCAAAUUGCCGUACCGGAAGCAAAAGUGGGAUAGAGCGCUCCACCACCGCUCGGGUCGGGAUUUUCCGCGGCUGCGUGCAGCGGCAUUCGGGGUACCGACCAAAUAUCAUCAUCAUCACCCCGAGAGCGCCACGCUCUUUUGUGUCAAACGAUUCUUCUGUCGUCCGUUGAAGGUGCCGGAGACAUCGGCUGUGCCCGUGGCGGGUGUGUUACCGUCAAUAGUGUUUUUGUUCUAUUUUUAUUUCGAUGCCGUGCCCUGCUUCGGAGCCCUUUCCGCCGGACCACCUGUGACAGGAUCGUGCCAGAAAGGGAUCGUCGCUAAUCACAGCGCAAUCAAUCAACGUCCGGUGGUAUAAACCUUUUCGCCAAUCCGGCACAAUUAUGCCUCACCAGCAGCGUUGUCCGAUGUACCGAGGUUGCUGAAGAUUUGUCCCCAGCGGUAAUACCUCCCGGUGCCGGAACGUUCCGUAACGUUCUGCAACCACUGUCCACUGGAUCGGACGUCCGUCUCGGUGCGGGUUACAGAGAGUGGGCUACGCCACUUUGACUCUUCCCUCUCGGUCAGCGUCUAAUCGGAUCGAAGGACGAUCGAUGGACGAAAGCGUGGCGCGACUACAUGAAAGGACACACCAGGACCAAAUGGCGCAUCAUUAAGCGCCUCUUUCUAUUCUUUACCACCCUCUCAGUUAUUCCACUCACCGUACUCUACCUAAUCACCUCCGAUCAUCUUUAUCGAUUUCGUCAGUAUACGUACGGAGCUAUCAGCGGCAAUGGCUCAGCACGCCAGCAGUUGCUACAGUUCCGUCCGCCUAUUCAUCCCCCGGACGGAGCAAUCCACCAUCUCCGGCUGGUGCAGCAUCGACAGCACGCACAUGACCGACAGAAUCGUGAGCACUACCAGCGAAACGUUAAGAAUAGCACAAUCAACAGCCAAUACCGGCUGGACAUGGACUACAUGAAGCAGCGCAUGGAGCAUCGUGUCGAGCGGUUGCAGAAAAAAUGUACCGAGUACCGAUUGAACGAGUCCAAGCACAACUACAAACCGAAGGCGUGGGAAUAUCUGAUACAACACGAGUACCAUCUCGUGUGGUGCAACGUGUUCAAGGCGGCCUCCACAUCCUGGAUGUACAACUUUAAUCUUAUGGCCGGCUAUUCACCACAGUUCCUGCGAAAGACGAAGGACGUCCCGUUGCAGUUGGCCCGGCAAAAGUAUCCCAGACCAUCGGUGGAAAAGCUGCAGGAAGCCAUCAACGAGUCGAUAUCGUUCAUUAUCGUGCGACAUCCGUUCGAAAGACUGGUCAGUGCGUACAAGGACAAGAUCCAGUACGCGCUACCCAACUCGCAUCAUCACAAGCUGGGCAACCGCAUCAUACAGAAGUACAGGAAAACGGUCAAUGGGAAGCCCUCGUCGCUGCUAAAGUAUCCGACGUUUUCCGAGUUUGUCAAUUACCUGCUGGAUGAGAUCAAACAUCCGCACUUCGAGAUCGAUAUGCACUGGGUGCCGGUGACGCACUUCUGCACGCCCUGCUUCUUCCAUUACGAUGUGAUAGCCAAGUUCGAGACGCUCGAGGAGGACCAGAACUAUCUCAUUUCGAUCGGGCACCUGGACAGUGUCAUCAAGCCGCAGUGGAAAAAUGCGGGCAAGGGUGCACACACCAACGAUAUGUUGAUGAAGUUCUUCUCGGAGCUGGACGCCGCCCAGAUCCGGGGACUGUACGAUUACUAUCGGUUCGAUUUCGAACUGUUUGGCUACAGUGCCAACGGGUACUUUAAGGACUAGGAAGCCGUGCGGGAAUAGGAGAUGGAAGUAAUAUUUUAAACCAAGCUAGCAGCAAACCCAUUUCUAGCCCGUAAAACAACACACUCACAGAGACAAAUGUUACUUGAUGAUAGAUCACUAGAGAACACUCCUUUCAAGAGCCUCCCCCUCUCUCUUUCUCUCUCUUUGUCGGUUCUCGCUGUAGCACGCGUAGACAACACUUGGGGAAAUUAAAUAGUGAGAUCACCAUUACGUCAAAUUACUAGUGAUAGCAAGUUCCGCUAUUUCCAAGGAGCAAAUCCCCUCAAGACCCUGGAACACCUGUGGGGGGAACUGCACGAACGCAGUGGGUGGGUUGGCAAUAUUGGCGGCCUAGCAGCAACAAAAAAGACACACAACAGAAAAGACAAACACGCGGAACAGUUUAGGAUUAGUAGAGGAUAAUAUAUUAAAAAGCAAGCGCCCGAAGCAAAACUAUUUUCUACAUAUUUGAAAGGAUAAUCAAAACAGCAACCCAAUACAUUAUACAUAUAGAUACGUCCAUUAGCGUUUAAGAGACGGUUAACUAUAAAUGCAUAUUUUGGUGUAAAUUAUUUCUCGACCAGUUUGUCAUCGUACUCGGUUUUUUGCAAAAUUCGAUUCGGCUAAGAAGGAUAAUAAAGAACAUUGCUCCACGCCAACCAAGGAUGGCAGGAGGCAUGUAGGUGGUAGCCACAGCUUUUCGAAAGUCAAAGAGGCUUACGAUCGAACCAAAUCGUGAUUGAUAAUAGUUUGUAAGGUAGAUAGCAUGUUGUUUGUUGGCGUUCAGCGAUUCGGUUGAAUCGAAGCACGGCGACAGUUUUACCUACUUUUCCAUGCGUUAUAUUGAUUACCCCUAGUGUGAUUAGCGAAGGAAACCAAUCUGCUUCCAUUUUUUAAAACUUUGGAAAUCGUGCAUUAAACUAGUCAAGUUGGAAAGAAGAUUCUUUAACACCGUUCUUUGGGUUUGUGCGUAGUUUCAGUUUGCAUGUAGGCUAGGGUGCAUCACGACAGCUUGAGCUUUAUAGUGCGGACAGAUAUACUUUCAUAUUCCAACGUAAGUUUCAACACCAAAGAUAUCAAUUCCAAGUCAAAGCUGUAGAAUGUACAAAGCAGGAUAUCAUGAUAUCAGACGAUGGUCAACCUGAGGGAGAUAAAUUGGCAGGUGGAAGGAGCUCGCGUACGUUAAGUUGGCGUUAGCGAAUUAUCGAUUAAUGAAGAAUUACUAUUUUAAACCCAAAAACCCCGAUUCUGCUUUCGUAGUAGUGAAGAUAACGGCCGAUACCGAUCAUAAUUCAAAAUUCCAUUCAAUUAGAUCGAAAAGAUUUCACGUCUUUUGGGAGAAAACGAAUAACGAAUAAUGCAUUGUAGUUUGAUUCGUUUUCAACGGUUCCUUUCCUGACAUUUGGGAAUUUGUCUUGCAGAUUAUGCAGUAAGAUUACGAACAGAAAUGGCAAUAAUAAAGAUUCUA